AUGUCUACAAACCCUAACAACAACUUCCAAGCCACUGCAGAGCAGAUGAAGCGCAACAAUGCUAGUCUCGCAAGAGAAAACACAGAUAAUCCAAGCGCAGCAAAUCCAAACCCAAAUCCCCUAACUCCGAUACAACCCAAUCCAACCCAAGAGAUUCCACCCACUUCAAUCCAAACACCAAACCCCAUCCCCCCAAAACCCAAGAAUCCGUCCACGGCAAAAGCACCGACAGGUAGCACAAGCCACCCAGCGACGUCGAGACCAGCGAACCCGCAAAAAGCAACCACCAAGCACCCGUUGUCCCUCGACAAGGUAGCAACAAGCGCCAAGAAGCAUCGACAGCCUGCAAAACAAGCGAAAGACCUCGCAACAAUUUUAGGGGCAAAAAUAAAUUACCCAGUCGAUGUAGAUAAAACGUACGUCGAGAGACCCAUUGCGACGAACGCGACCAUAAGGCACGAAGAAGAGAGAGAUCGAGAGGCGGAGAAGGACGAGCAGACGGCCGUCAUACUUGAGAACGCCCUCAAGGCGGACGCGGAGGGCGACAAGAAGAGAGCAGAUAUGUUCUACAACAUAUACACCAAACUGGUAACAGGUAAAGACGCACCACCGACAUUGCAAGAACAAGAAGAUCAGCGCCGCCAAGCCGAAGCGAGGAUCGGCAAGAAGAACACCGUGGCCGGAGGAACGAAUUUCAACUGGGGAGACGCCAACUCCCACGACGACGUAGGAUUCACCCCGUUCUUCGACAAGAACAUUCUUGAAUUGAAGGGACCUCUCCCGUUAACGAUAUUCAACAAAGCGUGGCAAGAUGCUGCCCUCGCAUACCACGCAGAAAAGAGGCCAAAAACAGACAAUAACUCCACGGAGAAGGGACUCCGAUAUACCGGCCUCCCAUACCCAAGCAAGUGGUGCAUGAGCUACAGUGACUGGAGCUUGAACUACGCCAAAUUUACUACUACAAUGCGAGACGUCUACAAAUACGAGACUCUUGGCGAGUGGAUAAUCCUCCACAAAGCAAACGCCGACAAGAUUCUGAGAAAGGACGGUUUCAUGGUCGCGCUAAGAAUGGAGUCAAGUCCUUCUCGGGACAUCUUGAUUUUCCGCCAAGAAGUGUAUGACACCGCCUACGCCGAGGCAAGAAGAUACGACGAACUCAUCUUCAAGAGGUCAACCCUUACGCCAUCGGAGGCGUCUGAGCGUCCUGGGACCCACACAUGGGUACUAAAAGGCAACCCAGUCAACCACCAACCACCAACCGAGGAGCUCCGCAACCCAACCCAGCCGGUUUCUCAGAUUCCAAACUCCCUCCCAGCCAAGCCGCGCGAAAGCGGAAGAGGUUCUGGGUAUCAAGGCAGAAAUUUCAACCCGAACCACUCAGGGAGCCAAGGGCACAGCGGCAACAGAUACCAAAAUGGAGAAAGCAGCAGAAAGAGAAAGCAAAUGAGUGUAGAACCACACAUGAGAGAAGGGAGCUCAGAAGAGACAUCCAUAGUGGAUAAUGAGUCAGCCAUUACCUGGCCCAGAGAAGUACGGUGCGACAUGAAUAUCCCAAUGUGGAAAGAAGCGCUUGAGAAAACAGGUUUGUCAAAAACCUUCACAGACGUACUCGACGGAUUCGUACAUGGAUUCCACCAGGGCAUACCGCAACACGAUCUGGGACCAGACAUACCCUUCUACGCGCCUCCUAACCAUAGCUCGGCAUUGCAGGCUCAGCCGAAGAUAGAAGAAUUGAUUCAAAAAGAAAUCGCAGUGGGAAGAAUGUUUGGCCCGUAUUCCGCAGAUCAAGUCCACAAGAAAUUCGGUUUCUUUAGAACGAACCCGCUAGGAGCUGUGGUGAACGGAGACGGCACAUUGAGAGCAAUCAAUGACCUAUCAUUCCCACACCGAAAGAAUGGUAUACCUUCAGUAAAUUCUUUCAUGAACAAAGACGACUUCGACACAACGUGGGACGAUUUCAAAGCAGUAGCAAAAUUUCUAAGGAACAGAACCAAACCCGCGCUCCUCGCCAUCUUUGACUGGGAGAAAGCGUACCGACAAAUCCCAACGGCACCCAACCAAUGGCCAUAUCUCAUGCUACAAAACUUCAACAACCAGAUAAUCAUCGAUACACGAAUCGCCUUUGGCGGUGUAGCAGGAUGCGGAUCCUUUGGCAGGCCGGCGGACGCGUGGAAGCAAAUCAUGCUAGAAGAAUUUGACCUCGUAACAAUAUUCAGAUGGGUUGACGAUAAUCUGUUCGUCAAAGAGUUGACGUCAACAAUAGAGAUGGACGACAUUGUAUCUAGGUCUAAUGAAUUAGGGGUCAAGACAAACCCAACAAAAAUCUCCCCUUUUAAAGUGGAACAAAAGUACAUCGGAUUUAUCUGGAACGCAUCGGAGAAGACAGUACGACUACCCAAAGAAAAAACACAAGCACGAAUCAGACAGAUAAACGAAAUCCUAGAAAACGGCAAAGAAUUCACGUUCAAACAAAUUGAAAUCAUGACGGGCCGCCUAAACCAUGUGUUGUACAUCCUCCCUCAACUACGAUGCUAUCUGUGCAGCCUUUACAGGAUGAUGAGUGACUGGGUCUAUCGACACGUCCCACGACCGAUACCACUAGAUGUCAGGCAAGACAUGAACUACUGGCACAAGUCCUUACUAGCUUUCGAUCGGACGAGGCUUAUCGCAAACCCAGACCCUACCGAAAUUGGGUGGGUGGGUGACGCGUCGACCAGCUUCGGCAUAGGGGUGCUGAUCGGGAAACGCUGGGCCCAAUUUAAAGCGAGACCCGGCUGGAACGGAGGCGAUUUACCCAGGCGGGGCAUAGCUUGGAUGGAAACAGCCGCAAUACGAAUCGGCCUCCUAAUGAUGAAAAAACUAGACAUACGGAAGGGCAAGACAAUUAUAGUUUGGACAGACAAUACGACUUCAGAGGAGGCAGUGAAAAAUAGGAAGUCUAAAGACGUCCAUGUCAACAAAGAGUGGAAGCUGAUCCAAAACAUCCUCCUCGAGAUGCAAAUCAAUCUCUCGGCAAGAAGAGUCACCUCAAAGGAAAAUAGGGCCGACGCCCUAUCAUGGGGUGAUAGGUCGAAACAUCAUCUAAGGUAUCAGGUAGUAAUCGACCUCCCGGAGGAUCUGGAAUUACUAAUGUUUCAAGCUACUUGCUACUCUACUCAGUCUACACUUUCUAUAUCGGCUACUCGCCUUUUACCCCUGCAAUCCAAUCUACCUUUCAUCCAGACCUUUUUGCGCCCUCCAAAGCGCUGCCUUUCCCCUCCUUUUCGCAAGAGUCAAGAGUACAUCAUGUUAGAUAUUAGCAAGAUAAAGACGUUUUUAGCAAAUGGUAACCAACUCAGAGAACCUACUUCAUUAGACAUCCAUUUCUUAAGGGGUUACAAAUGGAACACUCUGCUCAGCUAUAACGCGGCGGCCAAGAAGUUCAUGAUGUACAAGAUCGCAGUCAAAGAGACACCCUUCAUCCUCCCAAUCUUGGCAGGCGAUCUCUACGGAUUCUGCUACUGGGCUGGUAAGAACACGGACGAAUACGACACGCAAGACAUCAGUUCCAAGACCCUAGCAAAAUACCUUUACGGCAUCCAAGCGUGGCACUUGUAUCACUCAGUCGAAUACCCGAAAGAAUCUAAAGCAAGGGUCACAGUCCUCCUCCGCGCCUCCGCUCACGCCGACGCCGAGGCACCCCCUAGGCCGGUUAAAGCUCCGGUAACCGUAUCUCAACUAGUCGCUUUGACCAAUCACCUAGUGUCCGGAGACGACCAAGGCAAGGCGGUGUUAGACUUGGCCAUCGUAGCGCUUUGGGGUAUGGCAAGAUUGGCAGAGGUCACUUACGACUGCGCCCAAGGUCCACUCCAAAGAACAGCAUCCUUACUUACCUCAGACGCCAAAUUCACCAAAUCUCCGAUGGGGAUGGCCGUAGAAUUAACCAUCAGAGGAGCAAAGACGUGCGCUCCGGGAAGUGCGCAAGUAAUCUUCCUCCACAGCUUAAAUCAUAUGUUAUGCCCAGUCAUGGCAGUGAAGAGGAGGAUAGACGAGGCGAGAAACGAAGACACCUCUCUUUUUGGAUACCAGAGCAGCCCUCAAGGAAGGACACACCUCACUAAGUCCGCAGUAAGGAGAGUCUUAUCCUCUUCGUGGAAUCGACUAGGCUACCCCGACUUAACAGGACACUCGUUCCGCAUAGGAGGAGCUUCUCUACGACACGCGGUAGGUGUGCCGGUUGAAGAGAUCUGUAGGCUAGGGAGGUGGACCUCUAAUUGUUAUAAGCUGUAUCUCAGGGUCUACCCCGAAAGAGAAGUAGUUGCCACCAUUGAACUGUUAAGAAACUUAGAGUUGGCAUGGACCGAGUAA